CGAUUACAGAGGUCGAUUACAGAGGUGGCCAAAUCAUCCACCCAAACUGGUCAAAGGUCUUUCCUCAGUUAGUUCCACAGAUUGUAGAAAGAGCUCUAAGCUUGCCUGAAAAUAAUAUCUUAUACCAAAGAGGAGUCAUCUAGUCAGCCAACGAUUCAACUAAAGUACUUACGAAUAAGAUGAGGGGCCGUGCACAUAUUUCAGGGACGCCCAAUAGGUCUGGCAUGACAGUGAAAUUUUGCCCAGAGAUUCGUCCUCCUGACUCAAGGAGGUUGGGUGCUGCGACAAUAAUUAAAAAAGGGUCAGGUCAAUGGGCGCGACUAUUUCCGGGGAAGGGGCGACUAUUUCCGUGGAAGUGGCGACACAAGGCGUCGUCUUCUCCAAAGGAAACUUCAUCAACGACGGAUGUUCGAAGUGCAUCCACAAAUGCUGGACCAGCAGUGGAGAACCCAAACCCGGGCGAUCAAGCGGCGAUUCCAUCUGAGAGUUUAGCGUCGCGAGAAACGCCGUCAUCUGGGCUGCCAAAGGAGAUUUCAAUGACAACACGACGUCCUCCAAGUCCAAGAGAAUCAACUAAUGCUGCUGGACCAGCAGCUGCUGCAGCAGUGGAGAACCCAAACCCGCGCGAUCAAGUGGCGAUUCUAAUUGAGGGUAAGAUGCAAAGAACGCCGCCGUUUUCGCCAGAUUGUGCUAUUUACCAAGUCCCCGAGAGAUUUCGCAAUGGAAAUGAACAACACUACAAACCCCGGGUGGUCCCAAUCGGACCCUAUCACUCCUACCACGGAAGUUUCCCACAAAUGCAAAGCUAUAAGCUCAAAUACGUAGAGGCCUUCACCAGCCGAAACGGGCUCGGAUUCAUAGACCAAUGCCUUGGCUUUGUGAGAAGUUGCGAGAUAAGAGCCAGGAGAUAUUAUGUCGAGCCCAUUGACCUAAGCAGUGAUGACUUCUCCGAGCUGAUGCUGGUGGACGCAAUUUUUGUCUUGGAGCUUAUACUCAGGUAUCAGUUUCCCCAAUAUAUAGACGACGGCGAUCGAAUAUAUCAUAAGCCGCGGAUGAUAGCAGAUGUUUUCCUUGAUGUCGUGUUGUUGAUCGAGAACCAAAUUCCCUUCUUUCUUCUUGAGGGUUUGUAUGACCUUGUUGAUAGCCGCUACAAAGGAGAUCUCAGCUUCUUUGUGGAUCUUACGCAUGAGUUCUUAAAGGGUUACGUCAAAAUCGAUGACUUUCCUGGUGAUCACGCACCUGUGCCUCGAGUUGACCAUGGAGUGAAGCAUUUUGUUGAUUUUAUACGAUACUACUACUUGCCCCCGCCUGCUGUGGAGGGUGAAAAUCACGAUAGGCCUAUGGAGGGUGAAAAUCACGAUAGGCCUAGGGAGGGUGAAAAUCCCGGAGUUCAUCCUAGGGUUGAAGAAAUCCCACCAAGCGUGACAGUGCUAGACGAGGGUGAAAAUUCCGGAGUUCAUCCUAGGGUAGAAGAAAUCCCACCAAGCGUGACAGUGCUAGACGAUGCCGGAGUUCAGUUUGUGACAAGAAGAACAACCUUCUCACUUGACAUACAAUUCAACAACGGAAGUCUCAUAAUUCCGAAUUUUAGAGUUGACGAUUGGACGGAAACUCUCUUCAGGAACCUCAUCGCCUUUGAACAGUGCCACGAUCACCAAAUGAAGUACAUUUCGCAAUUUAUAUUCCUCAUGGGGGGCAUGAUCAAGACUUCAAAGGACGUGGACUUGCUCAUUGGACAUGGAAUUAUAUCUAGUAUGCUGGGGAGUAACGAUGAUCUGUCCACUCUAUUUAACUGCAUUGGCCAAGGGGUUGCGGUCAAUUCGAAAACUUAUCGUUACCUUGACCUUUCCCAAAGACUCAAUGCCUACUGCAAGGCUCGUUGGCACAGAUGGAAAGCAAUUCUGAACCGGGACUAUUUCAACACUCCAUGGAAACUUGCUUCUACUAUUGCUGCAAUUAUACUCCUUGUGCUCACACUCAUCCAAACCGUAUGCUCUAUCUUAUCCCGCUACAUGGAAAUCAAUGCAAAAGCUGAUCACCACUCAACCACAGAGCCAUUGCUCCCAAUUUCAAGCAACCCUUCAAACCCCAUCGUGUCCCAGUCAAUCACAUCCCAAUCCAUUGCAAGAUUAGUACAAGUCCACCGCAUUCUAUUACUUGCAUUAGGGACAUUCACAUUGUUAUGCGUCUUCAUGCUCACGCCCACACAAACCCCAAAAAUCCAACUUGACUCGCUCUUCGUGUCCAAGCUUAACGUCUCAAACACAUCACUAGGUGCCAGUUGGGACGUGGCCUUCACCAUAGACAACCCCAACAUGGUCUCAUGGGUUCACUUCGACCGGAUAGAAGGUUCAAUUUUAUACAAAGAUAGCCCUCUGGCGAUAUACUUUGUCAAGCCAUUUGACUUGGGUUUGAAGGAACAAAGAAUGAUGCAUGUGAAGAUAUCGAUGACCAGAUUACAGAAUCAGCCGGCGAUGAAGGUGUCAGAUUUGGAAGAAAUGAAUAGGCAACGUGAAGAUGGUGCUGUGGGUUUGAAGAUGGAAAUGUUUGCAUGGGCUACUUAUAAGAAGGGUUGGUGGGGAACACAAGAUGUCAUGAUGGAGGCUCAUUGUUUGGGUUUGAGGAUUGGCUUCUUGCCUAAAGUUGGGUUCGGUAGCUGGAUCAGUGGAGGGCCAAUGACUUGCUCGACUUAUUUUGUUGAUUUUAUUCGGUGCUACUACUUGCCUACGGAGGACGAAAAGCAUGAAUAUGGCCAUAGGUUUUAUGAAAUCCCACCAAGCGUGACAGCGCUAGUGGAUGCUGGAGUUAAGUUUGCCACAACAAGCACGAGGUCCUUACUUGACAUACAAUUCAACAGAGGAUGUCUCAAAAUUCCGAAUUUUAGGGUAGACGAUUGGACGGAAACUGUCUUCAGGAACCUGAUUGCCUUCGAACAGUGCCACGAUGAUCACCAGGUGAAGUACAUUUCAGACUUGAUGUUCCUCAUGGGGUGCAUGAUCAAGACUUCAAAAGACGUGGACUUGCUCAUUGAACAUGAAAUUAUAUCUAACAUGCUGGGGAGCAACGUUGAUGUGUCCGCUCUGUUUAACCAUAUUGGCCAACGGGUUGGUUUGGGUCAGCCAUACUAUUACUUUAGUCUUUGCAAAAAACUCAAUGCCUACUGCAAGGCCCCUUGGCACAGAUGGAAAACUAUUCUGAAGUGCGACUAUUUCAACACUCCAUGGAAAGUUGUUUCUACAAUUGCUGCAAUUGUACUCCUUGUGCUCACACUCGUACAAACGAUAUGCUCUAUCUUAUCCCUAUAGCUUUGCAUUAUUUA